AUGCAUUUCAGCAAAGUCUUCGCCUUGCUCUCUCUCGCCGCAGUCUCUACUGCGCUUCCGAACUCCAAUCCAUAUAACCCCUCGUCUCAACCAGUGUUUAAUUGCAAUACCAACGUCGCGCAACAGGCCUGUUGCCAAAACGAGCAGGAUUUUAACAAAGACCACGCAGGCGUCGCUCCGAAGCUUAAAUCCGCCCUGAACGCCCCUACUAGUAACAAUGGCGGUGGACUUCUUGGUGGCCUUCUUGGUGGAAUUUUUCCUAAUUUACUGGCGGGGUCUUUGGACAACCUCGUCGCUAAUAUUCCUACCAAUAUUCCGAUUGGACUCGAAUGCUCCCUCGAAUUCGACAAUUGCAAUGCACGCCCCACCUGUUGCAAUUUUGGCACGCAGGCCGACACUCAGGAGAACGCGGGUCUCCUCAGCGGCCUUCUCAAAUUAGGCAAUGUCAAUAUCUGCAGUGUCGACCUUUUGUGAUCGAGCACCUCCUACGAUUUCCUGGCCACCGCUCGAUUCUAGAUCAACCACAAUCAUUUCUCUCGCCAUUUGCUUAUUAGCUGUGGAAUUGUGUAUUCAAUGCGGUUGGGCCGCGAAAGGGUGCCUUUGGGCGUGACACGAUAGAGAGGCUACGGAUGGAUACUCAAUUGUUUUGAUUUCUC